AUGGAGACAGCUGGUGCCUUAACGAUCUUUGAAAGAUCAUGCGCUACAAAGGGGCUGAAAUACAAAGAUAUGCUUGGAGAUGGUGAUUCGUCCACUUAUAGUGCUAUUCUAGAAAGUAAACCCUAUGGAGAGGACUGUAUACCCAGCAAACUAGAAUGUAUUGGGCAUGUCCAGAAGCGAGUCGGAAGCAGACUGCGGAGGCUAAAGAGUUCGAAUAAAGGCAGAAAACUCUCAGAUGGCAAAGGAAUAUCUGGCAAAGGUCGCCUAACUACUGGAAAGAUGGAUGUUCUCCAAAAUUAUUAUGGCUUGGCAAUAAGAGAAAACCUUGAUAAUGUUGAAGAAAUGGCUAAGGCUGUAAAAGCGUCUCUUUUCCACGUUGCGUCAACAGAAGAGAACCCGCAGCAUCAUCUUUGCCCGAAAGGUGAGGACAGUUGGUGUGGCUAUCAAAGAGAUUCCAAAACAUACAAACAUAAAAAUGGUAUUCCAAAGCCCAUUGUUGAGUUGGUUGAGCCUAUAUUUGAUGAUUUGGCUGACCCAGCUUUGUUAAAGAAAUGCACCCAUGGCUUGACCCAGAAUCCGAAUGAAUGUUUGAACGGGAUCAUCUGGGACAGAUGUCCAAAGACUACAUAUGUAGAGCAGGAAACUGUAGCUCUUGCCACCUACCUAGCAGUCCUAAAGUUUAAUGAUGGGGACAUAUCAUAUCUUAAAAUUCUGGAAGACUUAGAUAUAACGCCUGGGUUCUUCACUUGUAAAGGUGCCAAAGACUGCGACAGAGCGAGGAUCAAGCUGUCGGCCAGAAAGAGCUCAGAGAAAGUCAAGUCAAGAAGGAAAUCACUGAGACACUUCAGGAAAAAGUUUCUGGAUAAUGCUGAGGACAAGGAAGGGGUAACAUAUGAAGCAGGUAGCUUCUAAACCUUUAUGUUGUGAGAAAAGCAUGAACGAAAACUUUAGAUUGGAUUUUCUCAUUUUCGCAAUUUGGCAUGUGUAAGUGAUCUUUGUGACACUGUAAUAUUGUAACUAUUUACUGCAGGGAGUUGAUAUUUGGCAUACUUACUAACUGUAACAUCAUCUAUUAUGUGAAACUCUUCAAUUUUCAAUACUAAUCAUCCUUAAUGAAUUAUAGGCGAAUUUCCUUCAUAAUUGCCGGAUUAAGAGUUGCAAUAAUUGAAAAAUUCCAAAAUAUGGCUCUAAUUUUUUUUAAAGAUAUUUCAAGAAAAUUGAAGAGUUUCACAUAAUAGGUCAGGUUCUAAGCUUUUCAAAAAUAUAUUAUUUAUUUUAUUCUGAUGACUGGUUCUUGAGAUAUAAUGUUUACGAUGCUAAGCAAUUACCGGUUAAUUAACGGCUGCCAUAUUGGAUAAUUAGUGUAAUUAACGACUUUGUGAAAAUUUUUUUGCAUUGGUCAUUUUCUGUCACCUGUCCCUUUCAGAAAAUCAUAUUUUUGCAUAAAUCUACUUAAAAAUGAAAAAAAAAGUUUCCAGAGGAGAUGACCACCUUUUAAAAACAAUCGAUUUCAAAAGAAAUUAAUAAUGCAGAACACAAAUAUAUGAAUAUGGGUUCCCCCCCACUUAUCGAUCUUUCGACGCCUAUGCGACCCCUAGAAUAUAGACCUUACUGGGGUUUGGUGACACUUUGUGUUGCUUCAGUCACCUGCUCACGGCUCACCCCCCCUAAAAUUUCUGGCACCACCCCAGUAAAAAAUAUGAAAAUCCGUCUGUGGAUACUGUCCAUCAUGGUAUUUAAUAAAUAAACUAGAAAAUAUGAUAUUGGGAGGAUUGCAAACGAUGGUUUGUUUCAUAUCUUACUAAUAGGCAACAUUGUGUGUCUGUUAAUAAUAUAAUGUGUAAUUGCCAUGAAGUAAAUGGUGGUAUACCCCAAGGACCUGUUUUGGGCCCCCUCUUAUUUAUUUUAUAUAUCAACGAUUUUCAUGAAUGCUCAGACCUAUUUGAUUUCCAUCACCUUGCUGAUGACUCAAAGGCAAUUUAUUUUAUGAAACCAAGAACAUAUCAGUCUUAGAAUCUAAUAUUAACAAAGAGUUGGAUAACAUCCACGUCUGGUUAUGUGCAAAUAAAUUAUCCCUAAAUAUUGAAAAAUCAAAUUUUGUUGUCUUACAUCCCUACCAAAAAACCCUGAGAUAGACAUGCAUAAAUCUUAGUAUUUCUAGUAGAUACCUUAAAAAGGUUCAUUAUAUUAAACAUCUUGGAAUUUUCAUUGAUUCCCACCUAUCUUGGAAAUAUUAGGUCAACCAUAUUACAAAAAAAUUAAAAGAGGUAUUGGUAUUCUUUCUAAAGUUCGUUACUUAGUAAAUACUGAUAUCCUUGUAAAGUUGUAUUAUGCCAUUAUUUAUCCAUUUUUACUCUAUGCUUUAAUAAUCUGGGGAAAUACUUACUCAACUACAUUUAAACCACUAGUUGUGUACAAAAAAAGCCAUUCGCAUUAUAACUUUUUUCCUUUUGAUGAACAUUCGAAUCCAAUCUUUCAGCGCCUUCGACACAUAAAGUUAACUGAUCCGAUCACAUUAUUUAUGACAAUGUUCAUGUAUAAAUUUCAUAAUUGCUUUCUGCCUUUAAAUUUCAACGAUUACUUCGCACAUGUGCAUCAGUUACAUUCACAUAAUAAAAGACUUGCGUCGAGACUUUGUUUAUCAUUACCUAAACCCAGGACAAAUUUUGUUUAUUUAACAAUAGAUAUCGGGGUGUCAAGGUGUGGAAUGCACUCAGCGAUUUUGACAAAUGACUCCCAUUUACACAGCUCAAACGAAAUCUUAAAAGCUAAUUUUGUUGAUUCAUAUUAACGUUUUCUUUAAAUAUUUCAGAAACUAGUCUUUUAUUUUAUUUCUUUUUUGGUUCUUAAUAUCCUACUCUAUUAAUUUAUUUUAUUAUUAUUCGGUAUUUUUGGCCUGCAACUCUGAUUAGCCUACUGGUUAAUUUGGAGAGCCGGCUUCACUCCUGAUUAUGUAUAUUUCUACUCAACGCAUUGAGUUAAUCGUAUUCAACAUAUUGCAAAGAAGAUUAAUGAAAGGCUUGGUGUCCUUAAACGCAUUUUUAUAUCCAAAUUGCACUCGAAACCAUGCUAUUAUACCUCUACUAAUACGUAUGUUGAUCUUCAUGCCUUAACAAGUCCAUAUCGUGAUCUACUAGACCAUUUAUACAUUUAUACACGUAAACACAUCUCCUUUGGUAACGUCUCUUUUCUAGCCACAUCCACUUAAGUGUGGUUAGGGCAUCCGAUGCAGAUGAGUAUAGGGGUCUGUCUAGAAUGAGUUUGGCAGCCUUAUUUUGCAAAGUUUGUAGGCUAGACAUUAG